GCAUUCCAGGCACUCUAUGGAGAGGCCGCUAGGGCUCCUGUGGCAUAAAUGACGUGCCGAGAGAGCGAGCGAACGCGCAGCCGGGAGAGCGGAGUCUCCUGCCUCCCGCCCCCCACCCCUCCAGCUCCUGCUCCUCCUCCGCUCCCCACACACAGACGAGCUCACACCCGCUCCCUCACUCGCACACACAGACACGCGCGCACACAAGCUCCGCACACACUCUCCACUCUCUCCCGCGCGCUCACACCCCUCUCGCCCCGCGCCCUCGCCCGUGCAGAGCUGCGCGGCAGCCGGACGCCCCUCCCGGACUCACUUUGCAACGCUGACAGCGCCGGCGGUGGCCUUGGAGGUGGGAACUGCGGCGGCAUCCUCCCCCCUGGUCGCGGCCGGAGCCCGGACGCCCGCGGAACCCCUCGCCGGCACUCUCCCAUGAGUCGGGAUCGCAGCAUCCCCUGCCAGACGCGCACCACCUCUGGGAGCCGCUGGGCUUGUACACCGCAGCCCUUCCGGGACAGCAGCUGUGACUCCCCCCCAGUGCAGAUUUCGGGGCAGCUCUCUAGAAACUCGCUCUAAAGACGGAACCGCUACAGCACUCGAAGCCCACUGCGGAAGAGCGCAGUCCGGCAAGCCCCGGCCCUGAGACUGGACCCUCCGCGGAGCCAGGCAGCACUGUGACCGCUUCGCCUCGCCGGACUUCCCCGCCUCCUACCCUCUCAGCCUCUGCUGGAGAGACCCACAGCCCCACCAUUCAGCGCGCAAGAUAUCCUCCAGAUAUGCCCUGCGUUCAAGCCCAGUAUAGCCCUUCGCCUCCAGGUUCCAGUUAUGCAGUGCAGACCUACGGCUCGGAAUACACCACGGAGAUUAUGAACCCAGACUACACCAAGCUGACCAUGGACCUUGGCAGCACUGAGAUCACGGCCACGGCCACUACGUCCCUGCCCAGCUUCAGUACCUUCAUGGAGGGCUACUCGAGCAACUACGAACUCAAGCCCUCCUGCCUGUACCAAAUGCAGCCGUCUGGGCCACGGCCCUUGAUCAAGAUGGAGGAGGGCCGCGCGCACGACUACCACCAUCACCACCAUCACCACCAUCACCACCACCACCAGCAGCAGCAGCAGCAGCAGCAGCAGCAGCAACCUUCCAUUCCGCCCCCCUCCGGCCCGGAGGACGAGGUGCUGCCCAGCACCUCCAUGUACUUCAAGCCGUCCCCGCCGUCCACACCCACCACGCCGGGCUUCCCUCCGCAGGCGGGGGCGCUGUGGGACGACGCGCUGCCCUCGGCGCAGGGUUGCAUCGCUCCCGGCCCGCUGCUCGACCCGCCGAUGAAGGCGGUGCCCACGGUGGCCGGCGCGCGCUUCCCGCUCUUCCACUUCAAGCCCUCGCCGCCGCACCCGCCCGCGCCCAGCCCGGCCGGCGGCCACCACCUGGGCUACGACCCGACGGCCGCCGCCGCGCUCAGCCUGCCACUGGGAGCCGCCGCCGCCGCCGCCGCCGCCAGCAGCCAGGCCGCCGCGCUCGAGGGCCACCCGUACGGGCUGCCGCUGGCCAAGAGGGCGGCCGCGCUGGCCUUCCCGCCCCUCGGCCUCACGGCCUCCCCCACCGCGUCCAGCCUGCUGGGCGAGAGCCCCAGCCUGCCGUCGCCGCCCAACAGGAGCUCGUCGUCGGGCGAGGGCACGUGCGCCGUGUGCGGGGACAACGCCGCCUGCCAGCACUACGGGGUGCGCACCUGCGAGGGUUGCAAGGGCUUCUUCAAGAGAACAGUUCAGAAAAAUGCAAAAUAUGUUUGCCUGGCAAAUAAAAACUGCCCUGUAGACAAGAGACGUCGAAACCGAUGUCAGUACUGUCGAUUUCAGAAGUGUCUCAGUGUUGGAAUGGUUAAAGAAGUUGUCCGUACAGAUAGUCUGAAAGGGAGGAGAGGUCGGCUGCCUUCCAAACCAAAGAGCCCAUUACAGCAGGAACCUUCUCAGCCCUCUCCACCUUCUCCUCCGAUCUGUAUGAUGAAUGCCCUUGUCCGAGCUUUAACAGACUCAACACCCAGAGAUCUCGAUUACUCCAGAUACUGCCCCACCGAACAGGCCGCUGCAGGCACAGAUGCCGAACAUGUGCAACAGUUCUACAAUCUCCUGACAGCCUCCAUCGAUGUAUCCAGAAGCUGGGCGGAAAAGAUUCCCGGGUUUACUGAUCUCCCCAAAGAAGAUCAGACAUUACUUAUAGAAUCAGCCUUUUUGGAGCUGUUUGUUCUCAGACUUUCCAUCAGGUCGAACACUGCUGAAGAUAAGUUUGUGUUCUGCAACGGACUUGUCCUGCAUCGACUUCAGUGCCUUCGUGGAUUUGGGGAGUGGCUCGACUCCAUUAAAGACUUUUCCUUAAGUUUGCAGAGCCUGAACCUUGAUAUCCAAGCCUUAGCAUGCCUAUCAGCACUGAGCAUGAUCACAGAACGACAUGGGUUAAAAGAACCAAAGAGAGUAGAGGAGCUAUGCAACAAGAUCACAAGCAGCUUGAAAGACCACCAGAGUAAGGGACAGGCUGUGGAGCCCAGCGAGCCCAAGGUCCUGGGCGCUCUGGUAGAACUGAGAAAGAUCUGUACCCUGGGCCUCCAGCGCAUCUUCUACCUGAAGCUGGAAGACUUGGUGUCUCCACCUUCCAUCAUCGACAAGCUCUUCCUGGACACCCUGCCUUUCUGAACAGGAGCAGCCUGAGGGGGGAGCCUCCUCAUUGGCUAGUGCAUCCGACUUGCUAAGCAGCAGAGGAUUUCGGUCUGGACACCUACCAUUUUCUGUCCUUGCUUAAGAGAAAAAAAAAAAAAAAAAGCAGCUCCUGUAGAAAAGACUUUUUUUUUUUUUUUUUUUUUUCUGGCACUUUUCCUUACAACCUAAAGCCAGAAAACUUGCAGAGUAUUGUGUUGGGAUUGUGUUUUAUAUUUAGGCUUUGGGGUUGGUGCGGGAGGGGAGGGUAUAGUUCAUGAGGGUUUUCUAAGAAAUUGCUAACAAAGCACUUUUGGACGAUGCUAUCCCAGCAGGAAAAAAAAAAAAAAAAAGAAUAAUAUAACUGUUUUAAAACUCUUUCUGGGGAAUACAAUUAUAGUUGCUUUGUAUUUAAAAACAAGAACAGCCAAUGGUUGUUCGCCAGAGUAGGAUGUGUCUUGAGGUUGAUCUUUAGAAUACACUUCCUGUGUCAAGGGUAUGUAUGUGGUGCAAACAAGGCAGAAAUUCUCUCUUCUUACUUUCUUUCUUCCUUUAUUUUAUUUUAACAAAUGGUGAAAGAUGAGGAUUACCUAUAAAUCAGACAUAGCAAAACAAUAAUGGCAGUUCGCUUCCAUAUACAAGUGCAAUUUUUAAAGUGCUGUCUUACUAAGUCUUGUUUAUUAACUCUCCUUUAUUUUAUAUGGAAAUAAAAAGGAAGCAGUCAUGCUGGCAAGUGACACAUGUUAAUUUUCCUAGCAGAGGCUUUGUCCACCUGCCCUAUAGAACCCUUCUGAGGUAUGGUCCGUCCAAGAUUUUAGGCGAUUCUUAAUGGAUCCAGAUCUCUGCCCUAACUGUCCAGCUGUCCCAAAGGGGGCUCAGAUUAUAAAAUGGAUUGCAUACAACUGUGUUGGUUGUGCUCUAUCAACCCACACAGAGUUCCCUAAACUUGUUCCAGUUGAUAGCAACUAGCUGACACAUUCGUUCAAAAGCCCCAGGAGCAUUCAGUGAGUCUCACAUGUCUGAUCCGUAAAUAAGAACAUACAAAUAAGUAGGAACUGAUCAUACAGGGUAAACAUCAGAGGUAAUAAGAUUUUUUAAACAUAUAUAAUUUAAUUUUUGUUACUGGUUACAGAGACAAUUUUGGAGAGCAAGCGAGUCUUAUUUUAAAAAAAAUUAUAGUAUGAAUGUGACUACUAGACAGGAUUAGUGGGCUGCGUUUCAACAUUCCGUGUUCGUACUCCCUUUUGUAUGUUUAUACUGUCAAUGCCAUAUUACUACGAGAUAAUUUGUUGCAUAGUGUCCUUAUUUGUACAAACAUUUGUAUGCACGUUAUAUUGUAAUAGCUUUGCCUGUAUUUAUUGCAAGACCACCAGCUCCUGGAAACUGAGUUAGAGUACUUAAAUGGGGUGUUCACAGCGACUUGGAUACACCUAUUAGAAAUUAAAUAAACAAAUAUAUAUAUAAAUAUAGCAGGUUACAUAUAUAUAUUUAUAAUGUGUCUUUUUAUUAACCAUUUGUACAAUAAAUGUUACUUCCCAUGCAGUUAUUUUAUGGUUCAUUUGCAGUGACUUUUAAGGCAGUACUGUUUAGCACUUUGAUAUUAAAAUUUUGCUUAUGUUUUGCUAAAUUCGAAUAAUGUUUGAAGAUUUUUAGGUCGAAAAGUCUUUAUAUUAUAUACUCUGUAUCAAGUCAAAAUAUCUUUGGCCAUUUUGCUAAGAAACAAACUUUGAAUGUCAAACUGAUGUCACAGUAGUUUUUGUUAGCUUUAAAUCAUUUUGCUUUAGUCUUUUUAAAGAAGAAAGAACAGAACUAUGCUGUUUAUAUUGUCAUUAAAUUAUACAAUCAAACAAAUGCCAAAUGAAUUGCCUAAUUGCUGCAAAGGAUAACCCAGAUAGCAAAGCAUAUAUGGUUUUUUUUUUUCCAACAGUCAUUCUGAUAUUUGAUCAUGUAUUAUGUUUGUGUGAGCUUUUAUAAAAGAUUAUUAUUUUUAUACCCAGGUGGUGGGGUCUGCAAUGUUAGGAUCUUGGAAUAUUAGACUUGGCAGGGGCCUGACUUGUUGACUGGUCCCCCACCCCUCCGAAACUCAUACAGGAGAAAACGGGGGCCCAGCGAAGAGUAAAGAUUACCCAAGAUCCAACAGGCUGGUUGGACCAGAACCAAGACUAGGACCUGGUUCUCUUUUCCAUAGUGUUUUUACUCAACUUACUACAUCUAUAGGAAAAUAGGCUUUUAAAAAUAACCACGACCAUUUACAUUUUACCUGAUGACCAUGAGGAAAGUAGUACUUUUGCAUUAAUUUUUUGAGCUUAUAUGCAAACAUAAUAAACAUUAUUAAAUAUCAGGAAAGCUAACAUUUCAUACAAGGUAGCUUCAGAUCAAAUUCAAAUUGAAUUUGAAUAAAUUAGAAAUACUGUGCAUACAUAACCCUUUUGUGCACCAUUGGUAUUGGAAAGUUAAUCCUUGUUUUUUGUCAUAUCCAUAAGAGAAAAACAAAACAAACAGAAAAACCAGAGCCCUGGAGAAAUGCUGUUACUUUUUAUUUUUACACCCAUCAGAUUUAAGGAAAAGACUUUUUAGCCGUAAUAUUGAUUGGUUGAAAUGAAUGAAGGUUUUUAGUUAUAGGUCUAGACGCUAGUGCUGAAAAUAAUGGUUACAGCCAGUGUUCUUCCGUCUUCCAUAGUUGUAAUAACUAUGAGAGCUUCCCACAUAAUCCAUCAAUUCAACUCCCUUUUUUUGUCUUGAUGUUGACACACAAGUUCAUACAGAGUGGAUGACCAAACUAGCUCAGAAGAGGACAGCAAGAAUUAAAGCAGGUGAUUCUUCCUUGUGGGAGAGCUCUCUCAGUGUGAACACGCCUUCUGUGGGCAGAAAUCAGGAAUCCACCAGCUGUUAAUGGAGAGUGCCUUGCCUUUCAUUUCAGACAGCAGAGUUUUCCAAAGUUUCUCUGCUCUUCUAACAGCAUUGCUCUUUAGUGUGUGUUAACCUGUGGUUUGAAAGAAAUGCUCUUGUACAUUAACAAUGUAAAUUUAAAUGAUUAAACUACAUUUUAUCAAUGGC